AUGCCCGUGAGAAGACGAGGAUCUGCAUUUGCUCUGUCGACAAUGGCCCAUGCGGCUUGGGCAAUCUCCCUUGCGAAUGUGUAUCGGCAUAAUGAUAUCCUCUUCAUGUCAGUCGCGUCAGGGCGUCGGAUGCCGCGCGACAACCCUUUACCUGGAGUCGAAUCGAUCAUGGGGCCACUCGUGGCUGGGACGUAUCUCCGUCCCCGGCUCCGUGCUGAUCAGGCAAUCGAGGACCUACUGCGAGACACGCAGGACCACAUGUUAUCGACGAUUCCAUACCAGCGCGAAAGCCGCAGAGUCAUAGCGGAGAUUUUGGGUCCGCGGGCUAUCUGUCUGUCAGCCUUAAACUGGCAUCCUAUGGGUAACGAUAUGCCGGCACGCGUCAUUGACUUUGAGAAUCCCGAUGGAUCUAUAACGCGACUCGAAGGACGGCGCGAUCUGCACACCCCCUUCACCAUUCCAAUCACGCUGGUCAUUGAUGUCUGGGAGCAUCAUGACCAUCUCAGGAUAAUUGCCAAGUGGGACGAGAAGCUCUACGACAACGACCGUGUGGCCUUGAUGCUGGAUCAGCUGGCGGAGAACCUCGGUAGAAUUGCCGCAUCCAAAGUUCAACGUGUGGGGGAUCUCUGGACGAUGCGGGGUUUGUCGGGCAACGGGCCGGCAGAUGAUCGGGGGCUCGAUGACAGAGACAGGUCUGUCCCGGCCCAAGAAGCCCUAGUCGACAGCUCUCCGCCCGGGACAGAAGUUGGAGACACGCUUGGCACAGGGGCCAAAGGAGAUUCAGCCACCUUCACUCCUGGAACCACCGGUCAAGGCAUCUCAGUCGAACACCCCUCCAACGACAACGCAAGUCCCAAAGUCGCGACACCAAUCCUCGAUAUCCCUCACUCCGACUCAACCACCAACGUCUCCAUCAUCAACGGGGAGUAA